AUGCUGAUCUCCGCCAACUCGCUUGUCCGUUGGAGCCUUGCAGCCGUUGGCAUCUCGGGCGCAGGACUGAGCGGCGCUUACGUGUACAACACGCACUUUCACCAGCAUCCAGUCCGGAAUGAUAAGAUAGUGCAGUUAGCGGCUAUUGCUCUCUCCGGAGAGGUCGUCGACAAGUCCCUACAUGACCCGGAAGUGUUGUCACAACUGCGUGCGUUUGGGCUGCAGGUCCUCACGCAUCCCACUGUGGUGGCCCACCUUAAGAAGUUCUUUAUACACGAACUCACAGAUGACACUCCGACUCGUGCAGCACUGCGUUCCUUUGUCGUACGUGAGAUCAUUCAAGAUUCAUGGGUGAAAGAGGAACUCAUCGGCGUCGCAGAGGACCUCGUAGACUCUGUCAAGGACAACCCUGACCUAUUUCCAGACCGCAUUCUCACCUGGCUCGGUGUGGGUGCGCUGGAGGGGUUGCGGACGGAAGAAUUUUGGUGGGCUCUGCGUCAACACACCAAAACGGCUGGUUGGAUCGCCUUCAUCGGUCCGCCACCCUUCGACAUGGUCUUCGAGGCACAAUUCUGA